CCCCGCGACCCGGAAGCGGUUCUUGGGGAGGCGGGCAGGUCUGAGAGGGUGGGGCGUUCGACGCUCACACCCCGGGCUCCAGCGCUCUCGUAACUCAGCUGGUUGCGGCAUCUGUGGGAAAAGUGUGGGUGGGUCUUGGGGGAGCCGCACCAAUGGCCUCCGUGCUGUCCUACGAAAGCCUGGUCCACGCCGUGGCCGGAGCCGUGGGAAGCGUGACAGCAAUGACAGUGUUUUUCCCCCUGGAUACAGCUAGACUUCGCCUUCAGGUUGAUGAAAAAAGAAAAUCCAAAACUACACACAUGGUGCUCCUGGAGAUCAUUAAAGAAGAAGGACUCCUGGCACCAUAUCGAGGGUGGUUUCCAGUGAUUUCCAGUCUCUGCUGCUCCAAUUUUGUCUAUUUCUACACUUUUAAUAGCCUCAAAGCAGUCUGGGUCAAAGGUCAACGUUCUACCACUGGAAAAGAUCUGGUAAUUGGGUUUGUUGCAGGAGUGGUUAACGUGUUGCUAACAACUCCACUCUGGGUGGUAAACACCAGACUGAAGCUGCAAGGGGCAAAAUUCAGGAAUGAAGACAUUGUACCAACAAACUACAAAGGUAUCAUUGAUGCUUUUCAUCAGAUCAUUCGAGAUGAGGGAAUCUUGGCUUUAUGGAAUGGCACAUUUCCCUCCUUGCUGUUGGUCUUCAAUCCUGCCAUCCAGUUCAUGUUUUAUGAAGGUUUAAAACGGCAGCUUUUAAAGAAACGGAUGAAGCUUUCUUCUUUGGAUGUGUUUAUCAUUGGUGCAGUAGCCAAAGCAAUUGCCACCACGGUCACCUAUCCCAUGCAGACGGUACAGUCAAUUCUGAGGUUUGGGCGUCAUAGACUAAACCCAGAAAACAGAAGACUGGGAAGUCUUCGGAAUAUUCUCUAUCUUCUUCACCAGCGAGUAAGACGUUUUGGAAUAAUGGGACUCUACAAAGGCCUUGAAGCCAAACUGCUGCAGACAGUCCUCACUGCUGCUCUCAUGUUCCUUGUUUAUGAGAAACUGACAGCUGCCACCUUCACAGUUAUGGGGCUGAAGAGUGCACACAAACACUGAGACGCCUUCCCAUGAAAAAUUCCGAAGAUGCUCAAAAGGGAGGUUUUCCUUCUGAGUAAAGAGAAGUGAUUCUCCUUUGACUCGCUCCUGCCACCACAAACAUUACCCGGCUUGAAAAGCAUCCAAGGGUGAACAGGGAGUAUGGCCAACUGGACCUGUUGUCACCUUAAUUGUUAUGCUGGCUGGUUGGAUUUUUGGGGUGGCAGUUGGACUAAUCUGAAAAAAAAAAAAAACAUUGUUGAAAACCUCAAUAUGAAAGUUUUUGAGUGUUUAUUGGUUUUCUUAAGAAAUGGACUAUUUUGCUCUUGUAUAUGAUAUUUUCUUUUUAAGUUUUUCUUAAAUAUACCGGCUGUUCUCUUUCCAUGAACUCUCCCCCAGAUUCUAGGACAAAUUUAAUAACAUGUAAUUCUCCUCAGAUACUUUGUAUGUGUCAGUGUUGGUAUUUUCCUCUCUCAAACUAAUAUUAGGACUUUGCCAUGGGCAUGACUUUAUUUUUCUUGGGCUUUUUUUCUCCUGGUUAAGGAGAGGUGUCUUUUUUAUUUUUAGGAUAUGAGCUAUUUAUUUUUUGAAAUGAAAAUUGUUAAUCCCAAAUGAUUCUCUUAUAAACUAUUUGUGAAUGUCACUUAUUCAUUAGUGUUCGACGUAAUUUUUUAAAUAUUUAUUUUGAAUCAAUCCUUUCAUUACAAAAGCCUGGAGAUUUGUGUCCAUCCACACAAGCCCUGGUCAGUCAAGUCCCAAUAAAUGGUCAACACAAACAAGA